AUGGCAAGUGAGCGCGAGGAGGUCUUUUUCGCGCGGGUGGUGGAGCUAGGCCUGGAGGACUGCGUCCCGGCCAUGAAAACGAAGGGCAUCAAGACGUUCGCCGGCAUGGGUUUUGGUACCGACUACAACCCGCAGAUGCCAGACCCCACGUUGCUGAACCAGCAGCUGCUCGUGCCCCUGAGCGGGGGCAACGAGGAGUUGGUACCAGCGUUGAGGCGCUUGUGGUGGGAGUCGUGGAGCGUGGCUACUAACGACAUGCGCAAACACAUCGACGCUGCCGAUGGCGACGCGCCGAGGAAGCUAGGGCCGGUAGAGUUUCAAGCCCGCCGGGACCAAGUCACGAGCCGUCUCACGGGCCUCCGCUUUGAGGGCGAGCUCGACGUGGGCGACGGUCUCAUCACCCUCUUCACGGGCAUGUACGACAGGGACCGCCUGCAGUAUGCGCCAUGGGAGCAGUGUGUCAAAAGGGAGCUGGAGACCGCAGGAAUCAAGCAGGACGAAAACUGGAAGAGGGAUCCGGCCACGGGCUUCAUGAAGCAGGUCUCCGAGGCUUCAUCGUCAAAGUGUGCUGACCUCUCCACGGACCUCUUGCUGGACUACGCCCUCAAGCGCCGCGGCCUGGCCAUGGCAAUGGGUGACCUCUUGCGGGCCCCGCCGCCGGGCUACGCCAAGACGUCCCUAACCCAGGUCAGGAGGGCGGACGAGGCAGCGUUCGCGCUCAUGAGCCGUCUGGCCAAGGGAGGCAUCCGGAGGAAGAAUGGCGUCCGCCCGCUGGACACCAUCAUCUCGGAUGUUUUGAAGCACGAGGAUUUCACGAUCCACCUUCAGCCGCUCCCACACGGGGCGCACCAGGCGCUCCGGUACCCCGGAAACUCGGCCACCGACGACGCGGGCGUCCCGGUCUGCUUCGGGUACAACUUGAACACGUGCGACAAGGCCCCGCCAGGCGGGAGGUGCCCGAAGGGCCGGCACGCCAGGUCAGAAAGGGAGGUCGGUGGCCCGCAGGUGCUGGAGAUGUGCUGCGGCAGUGCCAGACUCACAGCUGCGUUCUCGUCAGAGGGCGUCCCAGGGCUCGGGGUUGAUUGGAAAGGCAAUCGGCACGAGUCACGGGGGCCGUGGGUCCAGCUUGAUCUGACCACUAAUGAAGGGCAGUCUGCUUUCUUACAGCUGUUGGGAAGCGCGCAGACCCUGACGCUGGCAUGGAUAAGCCUUCCAUGCGGCACCGCAACUCGCGCCAGAGACAUCCAAGACAUCCCUGGUCUCCCGCAGCCCCUCCGCUCCGCCCGGGAGCCCUGGGGCAGGACCGACGUCGAGUUCUCGGCGGAUGACAUGCAGAAGUUGUCGCGAGCUAACUCGCUGUACAGGUUCGCCAUAGUCGUGGUUGACCGCUGCGAACACAUGGGCGUCCAGUGGAUCAUCGAGAACCCCGCGAACAGCUUGCUGUGGUACAUGCAGGAGUUCGUCAGCCUGCUGAGCCGCGCCGGGGUUGCCGACACCGAGUUCCACGCCUGUAUGGUGGGAGGCCUACGGCCCAAAUCUGUGCGUCUUCGGGGAACGGCUACGUGCGUACGGACGCUGCACAACCGCUGGUGCGACUCCGGCCACUCCCACGCCCCGUGGCGGAGGCAGGGGGCGGCCACCACUGCAGAGGAGUCGGAGUACCCGGACAAGUUCUGCAGGGAAAUGGUGACCUCUUUGGUGAAGGAGCGCCAGUCGGCGACAAGCGACGUCGUGGCCGCAUUGCGAGAAGGAGCCCAGACUUCUUGCUCUACGCCGCUGGCGGCGUCAGCUCUGGCUGCGGCCAAGCGGCCGAAGCGGCAGGCGGGGCCGCCAGGCUGCGCGGGCGUGGGCAAGCAGCCUAGAGGCACGAAGUACCCGCGGCUCAUCCCUGUGUACCGAGACGUACGCGUGGUCAAAUGUUCCCAGGUUGACCUUGCGACUCUGGAGGAUGCGUGCGGGGGCGAGGUCAAAGCCAAGGCGACCUUGAUCAAGGACGCUGUUGUUGCGACGGUCCCGCUGGACAAGGGCAUGCGCAUUCUUCAGAUUCUGGAAAAUGGGGGUGAGUGCGGUAACAACGCCGAGGUCACAGUGCAGUUAGGAGCGCCGGCCCCGGAGCAGGCGCUCGGGGCGGGCGAGUGGCCGGGGAAGCGCUCUUUGCUGCUCGAGGGGAUGGCGGCGGCAGCUGGCUUUCCCAACCCUCGGAUGCUAGGCGCAUACAUCCGCCAAGGGACACCUGUCUUCGGCGAGGUGCCAGCGUCGGGGGCCUUCGAGAAGGACGAGCAGCCAGCGGGGAAAUCCCUCAGAGAAGUCUUGGAGGCAUCGAAGUGGACCAAGCAACGCCUCCGGGAUACGGUGAAACCAGGUACCUUCGAAGUGGGCGAGGAGGUGGUCAAGCGCACGGAGGAGGAGGUCGCGCAGGGCAAGGCGCUCGGCCCGUUCAGCGAGGAGGAGGUCGACCAGUGCUUGGGGAAGGUGUGGGCUGGGUCAAGGAGAUUCGGCCUAGUACAGUCCUCCGGGGUGCGCCCGGUCGAUGACCACAGCGAGUUCGGCCAAAACUGGACGUCCCACACCCACGAGUACAUCGAUUUGGGCGGCGUCGACCAGGUGGCCGCGGUGGCUCGUUUGUGGGGCACCGCCGCCUCAAGCACAGGGAGGGUCCAGGUCCAGCUGAGCACGGGGGAGAUGCUACGUGGCCGGCUCCACCAAGGCUUCGCCCCGAAGGCGGCCCGCAGCUUGCGGGGGAGGGCGCUCGACUUGAAGCGGGCAUUCAAGCAGCUGGCGCCUCUGCCGUCCCUGUCGCCGCUCCUGGUCAUAGCGCUGCGGCAUCCAGCUCGCAAUGGCGUCGCCUACUACGUCUUGCGCGCCAUGCCAUUCGGGGCGAGGAACGCGGUCUACGUCUUCGGGACAGUCGCGAGGGCGAUCGAGAUGAUCCUGUCGGAGCUCUUCCUGCUGGCCCUCACGCAGUACGUGGGCGACAUCCCGCAGCUGGAGCCAGAAGCAUGCAUUGACAGCGCCACCGUCGCCGAAGAGGUGAUGCAGCUGUUGGGCUGGGAGGUCAAACGGGACGCCGCCGGUUGCCUCCCGCGCUUCGCCUCCUCUUUCUCCGCUCUCGGUGUGGUGUUCGAUCUCAGCAGAGUUGUGGAUAGCGAGCUGAUGAUUUCGAACAAGCCAGAGAGGGCCACGAGAGCCUCGGAGCUGGCACGCGCGCUGGCGGAAGGAGGAUGGGUGAAGCAGCCUGUCUUGACACAGCUUCUCGGGGUCCUGGCGUAUUCCAGGGCCCAGUGUUUCGGCAGGUGUGGUGCGGCUGCGCUUCAACCGUUGUCAGCCGCAGCGCACGGUCCCCCCAAGAGGGUCGAUGGCACGCUGUUGGUCCAACUCGAGGCGGCAGUUGCGCUGUUGCGCGAGUCCAAACCUCGCACGCUGCUCCUGCGAGACCACCGCCUUCCCGUGCUGCUCUGGGUCGACGGGUCGGAGGAACAGGGCGUGGUCGAGGGCGGCGCAGUGCUGGACGACCGGGGAGCUGUUUCGGAGUACAUCCAAUUCGUAGUCAGCCCGCAGCUGGUGGAGGCAUGGAGACGAGAGAAUGGCCUCACGAAGGUAAUCCACCAGGCAGAGCUGCUCCCCAUAGCCGUCGCUCUGGCAACAUGGAGAGCAGCCGUGCGAGGCAGACGGGUGAUUGUCUUCGUGGACAACGACGCGGCGAGAGCAGCCAUGGUCAACGGCCACUCGGGCACGCCAGCUUCGGCGAGGCUCGUGGGGACAGCGUGGGCCCUGGCGCAGGAGCAGUGCGCGUAUCUCUGGUUCGACCGGGUGCCGUCGCCAUCAAAUGUGGCAGACGGCCCUUCCAGAGGCAAAGUAGAGAAUGCUGAGCGCUUGGGCUUCGUCCAGGCACGGGCGGUGUUCCCGUCGCCCGAGUCUCUGUGCUUGGUGAAGGUAUGA